GGACCAGCGGUGGAACCAGUAAUACGUAGAGAAGGCACAGUGCGUAAAAUUAACUCUCUGAAGCGAAAGUAUUAGUUCGGUUUCUGGCUCUUCUCGUCUCUCGCUCGCUCUCUUCCUCCUGAAUCGUUUGAGAAAGGCGCCGAGAUGAACGAGAAGGCGACCGUCUCCAAGGAGCUCAACGAGAAGCAUAGAAAGAUAUUGGAAGGAUUGCUCAAGUUUUCAGAGAAUAAAGAAUGCGCUGAUUGCAAGUCGAAAGGUCCACGAUGGGCAAGUGUGAAUCUGGGAAUUUUCUUAUGCAUGCAAUGCUCUGGAAUUCAUAGAAGUUUAGGAGUGCAUAUAUCAAAGGUAAGAUCUGCGGCAUUGGACACAUGGCUUCCAGAGCAAGUUGCUUUUAUCCAAACGAUGGGCAAUCAAAAGGCAAAUAGCUACUGGGAAUCAGAAUUGCCUCCUAAUUAUGACAGAGUUGGGAUCGAAAACUUCAUUCGUGCAAAAUAUGAAGAGAAACGAUGGGUACCUCGGGAUAAAAGAUUUACAACGCCUUCAAAGCAGCAAGAAGCUAAGACUGGCCAUGCAGAUGAACAUGAGAAUUCCAGCAAUCACAAAGCUUCAGAGAAGAAGGAUAAUCCAACUAUAAAAAAAGAUAAUCUCGUGGUUCCUAAGCUACCUAGUCCAGUUUCCUACACAUUAAAUGCGGAAACAAGCACAGCUCAGGUAUAUCCUCCAGAGGUAGCUGUUGCUGUGGUUAAUGCCAUAACAACAACACCACCAAAAGUCAAUUCUACAUCUGAUCUACUGGACAUGCUUUCUCUGGAUGGUCCAAAUGAAAUUGGAGAAGAAUUGUCUCCAGUCGAUGACAAUUCAUGGGCAAAUUUUCAGUCUGCAGAACUAACCAAUUCUUUGGACAAUAAGAGCACCACUGAAUCUGCUGAAGACAAGAGUAAUAUUAAAUCUGAAGUCGAGAAUUUAUUUAAGGAUUCGGUAUCUGUGUCGCAACCUUCAACACAAAUGAAAACUCAGCCAGUUGUCAAAAAUGAAACAUCUGGAGCUGAGGAUCUAUUUAAUGUUUCAAAAUCAUUGUUUGAACCUCCAUUACAAACAAAUAGUCAGACUAAUGUCAAUACUGAAACUAAAUCUAUAGUUGAAGAUCUAUUUAAGGAUCCAACAUCUUCAUUGCAACCUUCAGCAGAAAAGAAAACUCAGCCAGAUUUAAAAAAUGAAAUCAUGAGCCUCUUUGACACGUCAAAUAUGGUGUCUCCAUUUGCACUUCAUCAACAGCAGCUGGCAUUCCUUGCCCAUCAGCAGGCUCAUGCCAUGACUGCCAACAAACCUGACAAUUCACCUUCCACUGUAUCUGCUUUCGGAACUCAUCAACUCAACACGAGUGAUUCAAACUCAAUGAAAGGAAACAUUGCGUCACAAAGUUGGGGUAACUUCACCUACCAGCUUCCAGGGAAUGUACCUUUUGGCAGUCAGUAUCCCAAUAACUUUGGUCAACAGAUGGGAAAUAUCUCACACACUUUAUCUGAGAACGUCGGUCAUGUUCGUGCUUCAAGUCUAAGUGCUCUUGAACUAUCCAGAUCAACUGAUGGCGUAAACCCAGUUCAUGCUGCUUCAUCAUCAUCCAUGAGUUCUGGUCAAUCGUCCAACGACUAUGAUUUCUCAUCAUUGACUCAAGGAAUGUUCUCGAAACGCUGAGCUGAAUAUCGAACGUCAAUUUUGGUCUCUUGCAGUCAUCUCCUUUCGAUACGUUCCUUGUUACCUUGACUCAGCCUCCUUUCUUUGUUCAGUUUGAUGAUCAUUUCUGUGUAAAGAUAUUUGAAGGAUAAUAAAUCGAACAAAUUUAAUUAUAAAAUAAAUUUAGUAAAUUAUUAAAUUAA